UGUAUGUGUUCGUUAGAUCGGAUAGGGUGGUGGAUUUGAGUACAUAGUUUUAUAGGUCGAUUCCUUUCUUUCAGUCGGUGGUCAGUCAAGUAUGGCAAGUAUUAUGUACAUGUAUAGACAGAAAUCCUUCUUCUUUUGAAGGUGUCGUCUAAGAUUUGAUGUUGAACUCGACCUAGAUGAUGAUCAAGUUUUAGAGUGAUGUGAGAUACACCAUUGCAAAUCAACUUAUACAACAUGGAGACAAUCUCGAGAUCCUCUAGACUGGAUUUUAAAGAUAUAGUCGUGUCAACCGGAUCUAAGGUUUUACUGAAGAAUGUCUCAGGAUCAGCGUCUAGUGGUGAUCUACUGGCUAUUAUGGGGCCUACAGGCGCUGGGAAAACAACUCUUCUAAGUGUAUUGGCGGGAAGGAUAUCAUACGAUUCCGGGACAAUUAACCUGAACGGGUCACCCUUAGACAAAGCACAGCGCCGUCGCCUUGGCUAUGUGUUACAAGAUGAUAUAUUCCUGUCUAAUCUAACGCUGUGGGAAACUCUUUAUUUCACAGCGAUGACACGGAUACCAGACAAAGUACCAAAACAGGAAAAAAUUGAGAAAAUUCAUAGAAUCGUCGAUUCUUUGGGUCUGAAGAAGUGCCUCCACACAGCUAUCGGUGAUAUUUUUAAUCGUGGCUUAUCUGGCGGAGAGAAGAAAAGGGCGAACAUUGGCUGUGAGCUUCUGGCAGAUCCGGACAUCCUCCUUAUAGAUGAACCAACUUCGGGAUUAGAUUCCAAUACAGCACAUUCUCUGAUGAUACAGUUGAAGAACUACGCCACGGAGUACAAUAAAACGAUAGUGGCCACCAUUCACCAACCGUCAAGUCAGAUCUUCCAUAUGUUUUCUACAUUAUUACUGCUCGUGGAUGGAGAGAUGGCAUACUUUGGAAGAGCCAGCAUGGUUAUAGAUCAUUUUGCUAGACUUGGAAUAGUGUGUAGUCAACAUUACAAUCCUGCAGACUUUCUUUUGGAGGUGUUGAAGACAGAUGCGCCCUCUAACCAGACGGACGGCGAUCCAAGGAAGAUUCAAAGUCUACAAGAGAAGUGUAUGCCGAACGACCAAAUGAAUGCAUUUACUAUUAGUGAGUCCAAAAGAGAAGGUCAAACAGAGACAGGGGAUGUGGAACUCGUAUUAGUUAGACCAUUACACGAUCACAGUUUGAAAGAUUGGAGCUGUACUUUUGAAGGGGAGACAAAUCGACGAUGGCCUACAUCAUUUUGGACCCAGUUCAAAAUGCUCAACUGGAGAUCAUACAAGCAAUCAAAGGGACGAAUAUUUCACAAGUUUGACCUCAUACAGUCGGCUUGCAUUGCUUCAUUUGCCAGCGUGCUGUACUUCCAAAUCGAUAAUUCGGUUAAAACCGUCCGAGAUCGAAUGGGUUUGGUGUCCAUGUCAUUGAUAUAUUGGUCCUUUCAAAUAUGUAUCACAACUAUUUUAGGAUUUACCGGUGAGCGGGCAGUCGUUAGCAAGGACCGAGCUGCAGGAGCGUACCGUCUGUCGGCUUACUACUUCGCCAAGAUUACCAGCGAGAUGCCCCUGCUUCUGUCGAUACCAUUUCUGUUUAAUUCAGCUGUCUAUUGGUUGGCUGGUCUUGGAGGGGUGGGCGGCUACUUCGCUUACCUGGGUAUUGGGACUCUUAACUGCUUAUUGAUACAGAGUUUGGCGCACAUUCUUGGAGUACUGAUUAGGGACGUCAAACUAAGCAUGAUGACUGGCAACGUAAUCAUUCUAGGGGGACUAAUGCUAGGGGGUUUCCUCAACAUCAAUCCUCCUAAAUGGCUGCAGUGGGCGAAGUACUUUGUUCUUAUCCACUACCCUUACUCCGCCACCAUGACCUGUAUACUAAAGGAUGCGGCUGAUGUUUGGUGCAACCAAACAAGUGUAGAUGUCUUCUCUCAGUGUGGAAUGAACACAUCAGCAAUACUGACCUCACGUGACAUCCUGUUGGGUAUCGGCGUGGAACUUCCCAUAUAUUGUUACAUUAUGACAAUUGUGUUCCUCCUGUUGAUAUUCUAUGUGCUUGGAUAUUACUCAUUAAAAUUGAAACGUGCAUGACGGACGAACCAUUAAGUAGACGACCUAGGUGCUGGGUAAAUAUGCUAUUCAUACCGAGUUUGGAUUCAUCCUGUAAUCUGUUAUUUCCUCGUAAAGAAGGUUGUUCCCGUCAUUUGUGUGAGUAAAAGGUCAAUGUUACUAUUGUAGAGCUAUUAUCCAGAAUAUGUGGUUCUCGAAACCUUUUUGCUUAGCGAUGAAUUCUUCGAAUUCUUUCAAAUUUUAUAUUUUCCUUUUUAUGCAAAUGAAAACAAUCCUAAUAAUGUUUUCAAGUUAAUUUUGUAACUUGAAACCCUCUUGACCUAGUUGUUCAAAAUGUGAUUAGACUAUUCGCAGUUUAAGAAAAAACUGUAUAUCCUGAUGGAAUCAUUUCUGGCAAAACUAUCUUGACAAAAUGUUGUGAAUUUCUGUAGAUCUCCGCAGUCUCUUCAUACCUAUCUAUUUCAAGGAAUAUAUCCACACAGGUUUUUUAAGUAAAGGAGAAAUGGAUUUUCAUUAAUAAAGUGAUUAAGCUAAUCACCUUUUAAACAACUGGGCCAAGAUCAUUUAAUAUAAUUGUAAUAUUUGUAUUUGCAAAACCCGGUCGUUGUUGUUUUCGUAUUAUGUUGUUUUGAAAAAAUAAAGUUUACAUUCUUGAUA